CUACAAGCAAACACAGCUCAUCUCAUAAUUCUUUCACUCUUAUUUUCUCUCUCUCUCUUAUACUUUCCUCUCUCCGGUUCUCUCGAAUUACAGUUUCGUACAUUUGCCGGACCUUACUGUUUCAUCAUGCCUACUACCGCCGAGGAUGGAAAAGACUUGUAUCUUCACGGUGAUCUUGAUCUUAAGAUCAUCAAGGCUCGACGGUUGCCGAACAUGGACAUAGUGUCCGAGCACUUGCGCCUUUGUUUCACGGCCUGUCGCGUUAGCGAAAGUAAGCCAGAGUCGGAGCCUCACGAUUGGGUUGCCGAAGAGAAGGGAGAUGGAAUCGAGGAUAACCAUCAUCACAGUAAGAUUAUCACCAGCGACCCUUAUGUUACCGUGUCGGUGCCGCAAGCCACCGUGGCUCGCACACGUGUCAUUAAGAACUCUCAGAAUCCAUUCUGGAACGAGCACUUUCUUAUUCCCUUGGCUCACCCUGUAGCUGACCUCGAGUUUCAAGUUAAAGACAACGAUGUUUUUGGCGCUGAGAUUAUUGGGAAGGCGAAAAUCCCCGCCCAUAAAAUCGCCACACGUUAA